AUGCGGCGGCGUGGUCUGCAGUACUUUGUGUUAGCACUGAUUGAUGUCGAAGCGAACUAUAUGAUCGUGUACGCAUACCAAUUCACGAAUCUCACCAGUGUACAGCUACUCGACUGUUCUACAAUUCCAAUGGUAUUGCUGCUCUCCUGGCUAUUUCUCUCGGUUCGUUUACCAGCUAGUUUUCCAGGUGUUUGUAUUUGCUUGGUAGGCAUUGCGUGUCUGAUAUGGGCUGAUAUACUCGACGGAAAAGGAAGCAUAGGAGGUAUUUCAAACACUGUAUUUUCUUGGGACUCAAUAGAUUUGUCUCUAGACCUCGCAAGGAACACGAUCACGUUUCAUAUGGCGUGA